AUGCCCUCACAGCCAUUCAAGUCUAAUCUUGUUCUUGAUGAGUGGACAAAGAAAGAUAUUGAACUUUGGCUUCAAUACAUUGGUCUCGGCGAAUAUUAUAAAACCUUCAUCAAGCUCUAUCCAAAAGGUUCCUCUCUCAAGAAUGAACUUGUGAACACAAUAUCAUCGGAGGAUGACAUUCGUAAGAAUGCUUGUAUUGGACAAUUGAUAUUUUGGUUUGGACAUGUCAGAAAACUUUUCCAGGCCAUUCAACAUUUGAAACAAAACAAAUAUGCAUUCAAUUCAGAUUCCGUUAAAUUUGAAACUCAACGACAAGAAAAUGACAAACUCACUGGAAAAUCAAGUAGUUUUGUGAGUAGAGCAGCACCUCGAAUCACAAUCAUCAAAAAUCGUGACGUUCGUACACUGACUUGCCACGAAGUUGUUUCCAUGUUGAGAAGUGACGAACGUAUUGCAAAUUUAAAAGAUGAAACCAAUGGCGUUUACGCUUGGACAAGAGCUCACGAAGAAAUGCUCAUUGCUCAAAAAGUAGAUGGUGAAAUUUUCCUUUCCAUUACAAAUCCAAAUGAAUAUUCAGAAUUUGUGUUUGACAAAAUUCAACCCAAUUAUGCUACCUCUACGCAUGCCACACUUUUUGAAACUCUUACAAAAAUUGCAAUUGAAAUUGUGAAUAAUGGUUUUAAACCUGUGGAAUCUGCAUUGAUUGAUAGUCAGUCAUCCUCAUCGAAUCCCAUCAACACAUCUGUAGAAACAAUCUCAACCACAAGUAGCAAUUAUCCUGAAGUUUCCUACGGAGAGAAAAUUCAAGUCAUUAUCGGAAAAAUUAGAGCUUCCUCAAAAAAAGUUCAAAACAUGUCUGACGAUGAUCUCAAAGAAUAUGCAGACAAUUUGGGAACUGUGGAAGGCAUCAAAAAAGCAUAUUUGAAUAAGGAAUUCACAGCCAUCAAGAAACUCUUCUCUUCCAUGAGGAGUAUGAAAAAAAUGGGUGCCUUAUCCAGUGCAUUGAGUUCUACAGCAUCUGACUAUACAAAAUCGGAAUGUCAUUUAGAGAGACUUCCAGAUGAUAUCGAAAUUGCUGAACGGGAGAGUAGUUUAUUGCCCGCUCGUUUCAAAGAUACCAUCAAGGUCAAAUUGGUCAUUGCUGAAAUUGCAAAGAACAAGAAGGAACGAACCAUGAGACGAUUGUUGUCACCUAUUAUGAGUAGUAUAAGUGCCAGUCCUCAAUUUGGUCUCUUCCAUUCUGGAGUCAUUAUUGGACCAUGGCUCAUUGAAUGGAAUUCAAGUUCACUCUGUAUUCCUCGUCGUUGCUACAGCAAUGCAGCUACUCUCGCCAUUGACAUUCAAGAAAUUUCCACCAAAGAGUUGGAUUCAUGCAUUGAUCGUGUGAGUCAGGUCAUUGCCGAUUGGAACGUUCACAAUCGCUACAGUCAACAGAAGUGUAAUUGUCAACAUUUUGUCGAUGAUAUUUGCAAAGCAUUGGGAAUCAAAAUGAAUUUCACAGGAUCUAUGGGCCAUUAUAUUACCAAAUUAAGAAAUAAGGGUUUGUGUAACAUUAAAUGGAAAGUUCCAGUCGAUAUUAUGGAACAAGUUGGAAUUAAGGAACAGCAAAUUACCUUCUACACACACAAACAACUCGACACGCUCAUGUGCACCAUCCUCUCUAAAAUUCCAGACUUUCCCGAACGAUACGAAGAAGAUCACAUGUUACUGAAGAGUUUUGAUCGAGCCUUUUGGUUGCGUGCCUUCAAAGCUCCUCAAAACGCCAAUUACCAUUCCAUCACUCCCGAAGAGUUUAGAAAAUACAGUGGAUUAAAGCAAAACAGUGGUGAAUCGGAAGAGGAGGAUUUUGGUGUGUUCGGUUCUGCAGGAGGUGAAGAAGAUGAAGAAAAGGAUGAUUCUGAAAGUUCUAAUUAUCAUUCCCGAACGGGUUGUCCUUUUGGCCAUCCCAGUGAUAAAUCCUUCACUGCGGAUUGGUGGUAA